CGCCGAAGCCCUAGAAGGCUCGUCUGGCGCCGGUCCGGAUUUCCCGAAGGAUAGUAAGCCUCAGCUAGACAGUCAGGGAUUGUAAGGCACCAAAUAGAGUGCUUGAUAAUUGCUCCAAAAUUGCCAACAUAUCCGAACGUGGGCUGGGCUCAAGAAUGGGGAGGGCCCCUCCAAGCGGGAAGAGUGGUGAUGGAUUCGUCCGUAUCACCGUACCGGCUCCGAACGUUGAUCAAGACGAGGGUCGGUUGCCACGUGUGAUGAUCGAUGUUAAACCUCUGGCGAUGGUGAGAGCAGAACCAAAAAAAACUCCACUUCGGUGUGGGAGGAGAUGGAACUUGGAAGGUCCAAGAGGAGAGGACCACGUCAGGGCCACCGCCUUCACUGCUGCAGCUGAAGUUCCAAACAAGGCGACUGCGGCCGAACAGGCGGAUCUGGGCGGUCCAAUCCGAGGGUCGAGGAUGACAGUGGGGUAUUCACGUCGUCUGUACUCGGAGGAAGGGCUAGAGCGGUUGGGCGGCGGAUGUUCGCUGCAAUACCCUUGCAAUUUUGGGCUUGUGUGUCUCUCUUCCUUCUUCCUCUUCCUUCGUCACUCGUGUUGCGCUCUUGACUCUUCCCGUAUGAAUCAACGUGCCUGCUUAGCGGCAUUUGAACAGCAAGUCGGAGAAUAUGCAGCGAUUCGUCAUCAUGACUCGAAGAUAAAUCAGUUUGAUCGUGGGAAUCCGGAUGGGCCUAUCUGUUGCUCUCGGUGUCCGGUUCCGAGUAUCACGGAGGAAGGCCAGAGCGUCCAUGCGGCAGCCGCCACGGAAUAGGAAUCUAGAUCGUUGCUGGGAACGAUUGGAUAGUUCAUUGACAUAAUCCUCCGGAUGGUCGAUGGAGCUUCCAGGUGACAGAGCGGCAAUGCAAUAAGGAACUCUAUAUGGGACGACAGGCCCGGCCCAACCCGCUCGAGACAGCAGUUCAGACAUUCAGAGACCUUUGGCUCGAGUGGUUAGGUUAGGCGA